AAUAUUGAUAUAGACAUGUCGCAUUAGUCUAAAAGUUUUCAUAACAAACCAAAGUCAACCCCUUCACAUUGGUCAAGGAGUGAUGGCAGCAUAAUUUAAUUUUAGAGUCUGCUUCUACGAAGCUGCCUUCUAUGUGUGAGCUUAUCAAAAAAAAAUUCAUUUAUCUUUCAGGAAAUUCGACUGUUUAGCAUAGCUUAUAUUGUUAGACUAUUUCUUUCUUCCAUCUUUGGUUGUUGCUGAAGAUAAGCUCUUGUAUUUUCUGGAGAAAUUAAACAUACUUUUUCACCAUGGAGUCCAAGAUCAUUUGGAGCACAUAUACAUUUAUGCUUCUUGUGCUAUGUUCUUGUGCAGCUGCUUAUGACGCAUUGGAUCCAAAUGGAAACAUAACAAUCAAAUGGGAUGUGAUUUCUUGGACUCCAGAUGGUUAUGUGGCAGUAGUGACAAUGAACAAUUUCCAAAUGUAUCGUCCAAUAAUGAGACCUGGAUGGACUUUAGGAUGGACAUGGGCAAAGUAUGAGGUGAUUUGGGCCAUGAUGGGAGCCCAAGCUACUAAUCAAGGAGAUUGUUCGAUGUUUAAAGGCAACAUUCCUCAUAGCUGUGAGAAAAAACCUGAAAUUGUUGAUCUGCUGCCAAAUACCCCUUAUAACCAGCAAAUUGCUAACUGCUGCAAGGGUGGUGUUUUGGCAUCAAUGGGAAAGGACCCUUCUGCUGCUCUCUCUGCAUUUCAGAUAGCUGUUGGCUCUGCGGGGACUACAAACAGAACCGUCCAACUUCCCAAGAAUUUCACUUUGCUCGCUCCAGGAGGUGGCUAUACCUGUGGUCCUGCUAAAAUCAUCCGUCCCACUCUUUUCAUCACGGCUGAUGGUCGACGAACAACAAGUGCUAUGAUGACAUGGAGAGUUAUUUGCACUUACUCUCAGUUCUUAGCCUCUCCAUCGCCAACAUGUUGCGUCUCCUUGUCUUCUUUUCACAAUGGAAGUAUCACCCCUUGUCCUUCGUGUUCUUGUGGCUGCCGGAACAGUAGCAACUGUGUCAUGAAGACACCGAGUGGAAAGGGAGUAAAUGUGCCAAAGGCAGUGCUGCGAUGCACAAAACACAUGUGCCCUAUCAAUGUGCAUUGGCAUGUUCAGUCAAAUUUCAAGAACCAUUGGAGCGUGAAGGUUACCAUCACAAACUUCAACUACCGAUUCAACUAUACACAGUGGACACUCGUUGUUCAACAUCCAAACCUCAACAACGCGACUCAAGUCUCCAGCUUUUCAUACAUGCCCAAUCUAUCAACCAAUGAUACUGCCUUGUUUUAUGGGAGAAGGUCAUAUAAUGAUGUCCUGAUGCAAGCUGGAGCAAAAGGAAAUGUCCACUCAGAUUUAACACUUGAGAAGGAUGGUAAAACAAUUGCACUAAAGAAAGGCUGGCCAUUUCCUCGGAGGGUCUACUUCAAUGGCAAUCUGUGUGUGAUGCCAUCUCCUAAAUCUUACCCAUAUCUUCCAAAUUCUGCCGGCAACAAAUAAAGAGCAUUGUCCAACACUGGUUGUUCUGUUUCUUUUGUAUUCCUAGCUUGUGUUGUUACAAGUGAUAAAUAUACAAGAACAGGAAUGUACUAAUUAAUGAGUAUUGCAAUAUGCACUUGACAAGAUUUGUGAAGAGUUAUAAUGAUAAAUAAGGUGCUUAAUAGGGCACAGUUCAAUUAUCCAA